UAAACAAUAACGGUUAUCGGGUAAAAUCAUAACAAAUUAUAAACAUAAACAUUUUUAUUUUAUUACUCUAUCUAUUAAAAACCCGCAUCAAAACCCGUUGGCUAGUUUUUAAAUAUAAAUAGGGACAUAGCAUACAUAGGGACGGACAGACAGCGACUGUAUAUUAUAUUACCAAUUUACUGUAGUGAUGAAGCAACGUGGAUUGCAGGAGUUUUUCGUGGAUUUCAUGCUACUAACAAGGUAAGUUUCACGGCGGCUUUUGAGAAGAAUAAAUGACGUUAUUCUUUUCUUUAUUUCGUUAUUCAUAGUCAGUGAUGUCAAUGUCAGAUGACUUUUACAGCAUUGAUCCCCUAUACUUGUUUAUAUAUCUUUUCAGAAUAUUCUAUUGAACAUACCUACUCAUAUAUAUUUUUAAAUUACUGUGUUGUUACAUCACGCAUGAAGGAAUGUUAAAUAAGACCGAUUUUUGCACCACUCUCCACUGUGGAAUACUUCCCGUAAUAGCUUUUUUUUGUGGAAAUCAGUUGGUGGCCUGAGGCCUGGAGUUCUGCGGGUCACGGGCGAGUGAUGUAAUGGUGUAUCCACCACUGCCGUAACAAAGAUUAUUAGAUCCCACAGCAUAGCGGCUCUGCCCAUAUAAAUAUGUUGAAGUCAUCAAACACCACCAACCAAGCACCAACACCACCACAAGAUGUUAUUCAUAAGAUAACAGGAGACUGUGGAAAAUAUCAGCUGUUGCUUUGUAUGCUUAUAUUCUUAUCCAAGAUCCCCAUUGCGCAUCAUCAAAUGGCUAUUAUAUUCUUGGCUCCAAAAGUAUCAUACCUUUGCCUCGAUACGAACACAUAUAAUACAUGCCCUUGCUCUUCCCCUAUGUACGAUGAUUCAGUUUUCACAAACACCAUGAUCAUGGAAUGGGAUUUGAUAUGUAUGAGGAGGUGGAUGGCGAGUUUUUCUCAAACAUUAUUUCAAUUGGGAGUCUUAAUAGGCAGUCCAUUGUUUGGAAUGGCUGCAGACAGGUUUGGAAGAAAGAACCCUCUCCUUGGAGCUGUGGUGUUGCAGGUGUCGAUGGGCAUAGUAACCGCGGUUGUUCAUGAAUUUUGGCCAUUCGUUUUUAUACGAUUUCUAGUCGGCAUGUCUGUCGGAGGAACCAUGGUCAUAGGCUUUGUUAUUUGUAUGGAAUUUGUUGCCACUAAACAUAGAGAAAUGACGGCUGCUUUAUAUCAGUUACCCUUUAACUUAGGCCAUUUGACAUUGCCACUUUUUUCCUAUUUAUUCCGAGAUUUCAGAGAAUUACAACUUGCGAUUUCUGUACCGACUGUUGUAUUACUGUCCUAUUUUAUUUUUAUACCUGAUACACCAAGAUGGUUGCUUGCCGUAAGAAGAACAGAUAAAGCUGUGAAAAUAUUGACACGUGUCGCACAAGUGAACGGUCGUCCAACAGAGAACAUUCAAUCCGAAGUAGAGUCUUAUCAAGCAGCAAUAGCAAAACAAACUCCGAUACGGAAGGGAAACGUACUGGAUUUACUUCGGACGCCGAAUUUGCGGAAAAAUCUAAUUUGUAUGUCGUUUAAUUGGCUGACCUGUAGCUAUUGUUUUUAUGGUGUCUCUCAAUAUGUCGGACAGUUAGAUGGUAACGUGUUUAUUAACGUAGCAGCCAGUGCCUGUGUUUCAUUUUUUGGUACUCUGCUUUCCAUACCAUUGUUAAGGGUAAUGGGAAGAAGGACUAUUGUUAUAGUAUUUAAUUUCAUUUGUGCUGUGUGUCUUUUAAUGUUAACGGUAGUACCCCAAGGUGUUUGGUCUAUAGUGUGCGCUAUCGUCGGAGUUGUAACCAGUUUUAUAAUAUUUGUUGUAGUUUAUUUAUAUUGUUCAGAAUUAUUCCCGACCGUGGUGCGCAAUGCAGCUCUUGGCACUUCGUCAAUGAUGGCCCGAGUUGGGUCUAUGAUAGCUCCUUUUAUCAUAGACACUGAAAUAGAAGCAGGUUGGUUGCCACCAGUUUUGUUCGCUACCCUACCAUUUAUUGCAGGUUGUAUAACUUUCUGGUUGCCAGAAACAAAGGGCUGUGAACUUAUGACGACUUUAGAAGAAGGUGAAAAUUUUGGUAAACCAAUCUCUCAUGACGUAAAUAUAAAAGGCUAAGUUGACAGCAAAAUAAGUAAUUAUAAUAAGCGAAUAUUAAACUAACGUUUGUACGUGUAUAACUACAUACGUUGGUUUAAUCUGUCAUUUCAAGAUUAAUAAUUAUUAUUUAUUAUAUUUUACAAAGUUUGAAACAAUGUACAAUAUUUUGUACAUUGUUUUGGAAGGAAGGCACUGUUAAAUAGUAAAAUUGCUGUCACAGUGGUAUGUAGCUGUUAAUUUUCGGCCUUCAAAUGUUGUGUGUAAUGUGACACCUGAUUUUAUUCAAGAAAUAAAUUUUGUUUUAUGAAAGUUU